AUGGACGCCUCGUCGCCCGCGGAGCGUGCCCACCACCAUCGCCGAGGCUGGGCUUCCAAAGCCGUCAUCCCACGCGAAGCCGCAACGCCUGAGCAGGCCCCAACGGUGACAUUUGAGGGAGCUUCGCCUUCUUCUCGUGAGGUGCCUAAGCGGUCGAGUACCACCCGCUCUCGGCACGGGCAUGGGCACAGGUCUCGCACGGAGGACCUGUCCAAACUAGCGCGAGCUCGAGACGCUGUAGCCGAGGAGGCUCGCGAGGCCAAGGAGGCCAAGGAGGCCAAGGAGGCCCGAGAAGCGCGGCGAGCAGCGAGGAGGGCGAGGGAGGAAACUGCUGCUUCAGAGGAAGGGUCUAGCACUAAGGGCGAAAACUCUCGGAGGAGGGCGAGGGAAGAGGAGCGGAAGAGGACGCGUGACCGUGAUACCGAGAAGGAGAAAGAGAGGGAGAAGAACGGGUUCAGGGCCGCGUUCAAGCGGCUGUUCACAUCAUGA